UACUACACGCUGCAGGCCCAAGCCGUGGACCGACUCAGCAACAUGCCCGUAGAGCCCCGCUCCGAAUUUGUGGUCAAAGUGCAGGACAUCAACGAUAAUGAGCCCAAGUUUCUUGACGGGCCCUACUUCGCUGGAGUGCCUGAGAUGUCCCCGCUAGGAACGAUGGUGGUGCAAGUGGCAGCCACGGACGCCGACGACCCCACGUACGGGAACAGCGCCAGGGUGGUAUACAGCAUCGUGCACGGGCAGCCCUACUUCUCCGUGGAACCCAAGACAGGUGUCAUCAGGACGGCUUUGCCCAACAUGGACCGCGAGACCCGGGACCAGUACGUGCUGGUCAUUCAGGCCAAAGACAUGGUGGGCCAGAUGGGCGGCCUCUCGGGCACCACGUCCGUCACAGUCACGCUCACCGACGUCAACGACAACCCUCCUCGCUUCCCUCACAAGGUCAACCAGUACACCGUCCUGGAGUCGCUUCCCGUGCAGUCAGUGGUGGCCCGGAUCAAGGCGGCCGACGCCGACGUGGGCCCCAAUGCCGAGAUGGACUACCGGAUCAUGGAUGGCGAAGGGCCCGGCAUCUUCAACAUCACCACCGACGAGAACACGCAGGAAGGAGUCCUUCUCCUUUUAAAGCCUCUGGACUUCGAAAGCAAGAGCAGCUUCUCUCUGCGGGUCGAGGCCACCAACAGGAACAUCGACUCCAACUUCCUGAACUUGGGCCCGUUCAGCGACACCACCUCACUCAAGGUGACCGUGGCGGACGUAGACGAGGUGCCCGUCUUCGCCUCGCCUCUCAGCAGGAUGUCCGUCUCCGAGGACGCCCGGGUGGGCACGUCCAUCGGGAGGGUGUCGGCGCACGACCCGGACACCUCCAACAGCGGCAUCCGGUACUCCAUCGACCGCAACACGGACAUGGAGCGCUUCUUCAACGUCGACGCGUUGAGCGGCGUCAUCAGCACGGCCAAGCAGCUGGACCGCGAGGCCAACUCGGUGCACAACCUCACCAUCCUCGCCAUCGAAAGUCAGGACCCGAACCAAAUUGGCAAAGGCACGGCCAUCAUCAACGUGCUGGACGUCAAUGACAAUGCGCCCGUCUUCGCCAUCGACUACGAGAGCCUCGUGUGUGAAAACGCGCUGCCGGGCACGGUACGUCCCCCCCCACCCCCACCCGCCCUCAAUCAGCCUCUUCAAACGACCGAAGGCCAGGUCAGGCGGCACCCGUCAUUGGCGUAAUGGCGGCUGUCAUUCCGCUUGGUUUGUGAUGCUGCUUUCAUUCGGUGCAGUCAACUGGCGGUGAUGUGGCGGUUGACUUUUUGCCAGAAUACGAUUGGCAGGCUUUCACGCCAGGCUUUACUUUCUGGGGCAAAUGCUCUGUAAAACAAAGUCCAAAUAUAAACACAUAUUAAUACACAUCCUGUACCUUGAUGGACGGAUGAUUGAUAGAUAUGUCUGAAUAGCUAUGAAUAGACGGAUCAAUGGUACAACUACAUCCUGGAAGCAUUUUUCUGACAGACGGAAAGGCUUCGAGACAGAUAAAAGUUUGGAUGGAUGUGUAAAAACUUUUUCUUCCGUCUUAACUUGCUGUAGGUGGCACGUGUCCCAAUACUUUUGUCCACCUUGCCACAAAGCGACGCGCCAGUGAGGGUCGACGCCUUUCCGCCGCGUGUUAGCAUUUGGCCCGACUCUUGCUAAAUGACCCGUGCGGCCGUCGUGCUGAUUUAUCCCGCGGCGGCUUUUGGAGAAGGCAAUCGGGCGGCCGUUAACGGCGGCGUGCAAUUGAUCAGAGUGACGGGCUGCAUCGGAGAUGGCCAUUAGGGCCUUUUUGAAGAUGUUAUUUGUGCCCGCGUAGCGCACUUGCUGACGCUGAGAUGUGGGCGGUUAAAAAAAAAAACG